GCGCGCCGGGAGGCGGGGAGUCGCUCGGAUCGCCGUGGAGCUGGUUCGGGCAGCGGCAGAACGGAGCUGGUCGACGAGCGGCGGCGACGUCGCUCCAACGCGCAUUCACCGCUGAAACCGCGCCGGAGCCGGAGACGGACGUGCGGUCCGUUCGCAGCGUUUGCGUUCAACGUGGAUGCGGAGGAGGGAGCCGACUACGGACGGAGCAGCCCGCCUCCCUCCCCCCUGCCCGACAAACAGCGAGAGGGGAUCGGCGAGAGGAAACAACCAGGCUGUGUGUUCCUGGAGGAACUGACUCUGCACUGGCACUCGCCUCCACGCUAAUGUAAUGGAAACAGGCCUCGGUCGCCCCCAGUAGCAUCUGAGAUGCAUCAGCGGAAACAUGGGCGCAGCUCGCGUGGCUGAUUGCAUCAGGCGGCGGCGGCUGGAGCGGGCCAGUGGAUGCGCUGAGGUCGCGGGGGUCCUGCCGAGCCCCGCGCCAUGCUAAAGCAGCACGCUCGGCCCGACCAGCAGCCCGGUUCGAGUGGGACGGGAAAAGUCCGGAUUGGAGACUUGACCUAGAUAUUGAGUAACGCACCAGAGCUCUGCAGCGUCUUCACAUCGAUCCGCCACAGACCCGCUCUCUGGGAGCAUGGGUGUUGGGGUUUGCAGCAGGCCUCGGCUGCCGCUGGCGCCGCGGGGGGCUCGAUGACGGGACCCCUGUGAGCAGGUGGAACAGCACAGCAACAAAAUGGCCCAAACCAGUCUGCUGCAGGGGAAGCGCUUUUACUGCCGGGAGUGGGUCUUCCACAAGAUCCAGCACUGCCUCCAGGAGAAGACCAGCAGCCUCAGCGGCGCCACCAGCGCUCCCAGUAAGCAGCCCGCCGCCGCGCCCGGCGGGGGGGCGCCCGCCCCCGGCAGCCUGACCGCGGGCCCCGCCAAGCCCGGCGGGUCCUGGGGGGUGCUGCUGGUGGGGGGGCCGGGCAGCGGGAAGACGGCCCUGUGCACGGAGCUGCUGUGGCCCACGGCGCCGCAGGGCCCCCACCGGGCGCUGCACCAGCACAGCCUGGCCUUCCACUUCUGCCGCGCCGACGACGCCGACACGCUGUGCGCCGGCGGCUUCGUCCGGGGCCUCGUGGCCCAGAUCCGCGGCGGCGGGCGGGUGCCGGGCUACGAGGAGAAGGUGCGCGAGGCGGCCGCGCAGAGCGCCCUGCAGCCGGGGGAGUGCGAGAGGAACCCCACGGAGGCCUUCAAGAGAUGUGUCCUGUUGCCUCUAUUGAACGUGAAGCCGCCCCAGCAAUCCCUGUUCUUGCUGGUGGACUCCAUCGAUGAAGGCUGCCAGCUGGGUGAGGGGGACCAGAGGUCCUCCCCUGGCUCCCCGAGGACCAUCGCGGAGCUCCUGGCCAGUCAUCACGAGUUCCUGCCUCCAUGGCUGCUGCUCAUCUGCUCCGCACGCCGGCAGAACAAGGCCAUCACCAAACUCUUCACAGGUUUUCGCAAAAUCAGCCUGGAUGAUCUGCGCAAGGCCUACAUCGUCAAGGAUGUACAGCAGUACAUCCUGCACAGGCUGGACCAGGAGGAGGCCCUGAGGCAGCACCUUACUAAGGAGACGGCGGAGAUGCUUAACCAGCUCCACAUUAAGAGCAGUGGCUGUUUCCUCUACCUGGAGCGUGUGCUGGAUGGUGUGGUGGAGAACUUCAUCAUGCUUCGCGAGAUCCGCGACAUCCCGGGAACUCUGAACGGCCUCUACCUGUGGCUCUGCCAGAGACUGUUUGUCAGGAAACAAUUUGCCAAAGUUCAACCGAUUCUUAAUGUAAUCCUGGCAACUUGCAGGCCGCUCACGAUAAAAGAACUGUACCAUGCAGUCUGGACUAAGAACAUGACUCUGACAAUGGAAGAGUUUCAGAAAAAGAUGGACAUUCUCACCAAGUUGUUGGUUGACGGCCUUGGGAAUACUAAGAUUCUUUUUCACUACAGUUUUGCAGAGUGGCUCCUGGAUGUUAAGCACUGUACCCAGAAGUACUUGUGCAAUGCAGCUGAAGGACACAGGAUGUUGGCAAUGAGUUACACCUGUCGGGCAAAGCAACUCAAACCACUUGAAGUGCAAGAAUUUGCGCUUCAUCUUGUCAAUUCCAAUCUGCAGAUUGAGCCAUUCAACCUGGCUCUUUGGAUGGUUUGGAAUGGAACUCCUGCAAAAGACUCCCUGACCACCUCCAUACCCAGAGAACAGGAGGUUCUUCAACUGUUGGUGAAAGCUGGAGCUCAUGUUAACAAUGAGGAUGAUCACGCUUCAUGCAUUGUGCAACAAGCCCUAGAAAGAGAGGACUCGAUACGGACACUGCUCGACAACGGGGCAUCCGUGAACCAAUAUGACUCAAGUGGGAGAACUUUGCUGGCCAAUGCUGCAUACAGUGGAAACCUUGAUGUGGUCAACUUGCUCGUAUCCAGAGGGGCAAACAUGGAGUUAGAGGACAACCACGGACAAACGGCACUUACCCUUGCUGCAAGGCAGGGCCACACCAAAGUGGUUAACUGCCUAAUCGGCUGCGAGGCCAACAUAAACCACACAGAUCAUGAUGGAUGGACAGCCCUGCGCUCAGCAGCCUGGGGUGGACAUUCAGAAGUUGUCUCUGCCCUGCUUUAUGCCGGUGCCAAGGUCGACUGCGCCGAUGCUGAUGGUAGAACCGCUUUAAGAGCUGCAGCCUGGGGGGGUCACGAAGACAUAGUGUUGAACCUUCUUCAGCACGGAGCUGAGGUCAACAAAGCAGACAAUGAAGGAAGAACUGCACUCAUUGCUGCAGCCUACAUGGGACACAGAGAAAUCGUUGAGCAUCUGCUAGACCAUGGGGCUGAAGUGAAUCAUGAAGAUGUGGAUGGGAGGACUGCUCUCUCAGUAGCUGCUCUCUGCAUCCCAGCGAGUAAAGGCCAUGCAUCUGUGGUGAGCCUUCUGAUCGACAGGGGAGCAGAGGUUGACCACUGUGACAAAGACUGCAUGACACCACUGCUUGUGGCUGGCUAUGAAGGACAUGUCGAUGUAGUCGACCUGCUUUUGGAAGGUGGUGCUGAUGUUGAUCACACAGACAACAACGGCCGCACCCCUCUUCUCGCAGCCGCAUCAAUGGGCCACGCGUCUGUUGUCAACACGUUGCUUUUUUGGGGCGCAGCUGUUGAUAGCAUUGACAGCGAGGGGAGGACUGUGCUGAGCAUAGCCUCUGCUCAGGGUAACGUGGAGGUGGUCAGAACUCUGCUGGACAGAGGUCUUGAUGAGAAUCACAGGGAUGAUGCAGGCUGGACCCCGCUACACAUGGCUUCAUUUGAGGGCCACCGCCAAGUGUGCAAUGCCCUUAUUGAGCAAGGCGCUCGUUGUACAGAGGUGGACAACGAUGGUCGAAUACCUCUGAUAUUAGCUGCACAAGAAGGACAUUAUGACUGUGUGCAAAUUCUUCUGGAAAACAAGUCAUGCAUAGAUCAGAGGGGAUAUGAUGGUAGGAAUGCUCUCAGGGUGGCAGCACUGGAAGGCCACAGGGAUAUUGUUGAACUGCUACUGAGCCAUGGUGCUGAUAUAGAUUACAAAGACGCUGAUGGACGCCCAACACUCUAUAUUCUGGCACUCGAAAAUCAGCUGGCCAUGACGGAGUACUUCCUUGAGAAUGAAGCCAAUGUGGAAGCAUGUGACACUGAGGGCAGAACGGCUCUUCACGUGUCCUGUUGGCAGGGGCACGUCGAGAUGGUGAGGCUGCUGAUCAACUACCACGCCGACGUGAACGCCUGCGACAACGAGAAGCGAUCGGCCCUGCAGUCUGCGGCGUGGCAAGGCCACACCAAGGUUGUGCAGUUCUUGAUUGAGAACGGGACGCAUGUGGACCACACAUGCAACCAGGGAGCGACGGCACUGGGCAUCGCUGCACAGGAGGGACACAUCGACGUCGUGCAAAUCCUUCUAGAAAACGGUGCUGACCCCAACCACGCCGAUCAGUUUGGGCGCACAGCGAUGAGAGUGGCAGCAAAAGGUGGCCAUGCGAUGAUCAUAAAGCUUCUGGAAAAAUACGGAGCCUCAACUUUAAAUGGCUGCAACCCCUCCCCGGUACACACUAUGGACGACAAAAACCCAUUGGCUGUGACUGGUAAACUGCAGUCACUCACAAUUAAGUCGAGUAGUUCUGGUAGCACUGGUGCAGGAGACAUGCAGUCAUCUGGACGCGGUGUGCCCAAUGGACCUGUCCACGCAUUCAGUUCCCCAUCAGAAUCUCCUGAUUCCACUGUAGAUAGAAAGAAAUCCUCGUUGUCAAAUAACUCCCUCAAGAGUUCAAAGAACUCCUCGUUGAGAACCACGUCGUCCACAGCCACAGCACAGACGGUGCCCAUAGACAGUUUUCAUGGGUUGACAUUCACAGAACAAAUCCAGCAGCACUCGCUGCCUCGGAGCCGGAGUAGGCAGUCUAUUGUUUCCCCUUCUUCCACAACUAAGUCCAUCGGUCAACAGCCGUCAUCUCCAUCCAAUGACUUUGACUGGUCUCAAUUAAAACCUGGUCUCAAAUCAGCAAAGGGAAGUAAGGGCGGAAACGGGACAUCAAACGGAAAAGGUGGAGAUAAGAAAAAAACGAAGAACAGUGGAUCAAGCCAAGGACAGAUUCUGGAGUACGAAAUGACACAGUUUGACAAGAGAAUUGCCCUCAACAAGUCAGUGGCGAACAUCGCUGUGAAGGAUCCUCAUUGCAAGAUCAUGAUUGGUGGUUCAAUUCAGCAGGAACGGGCUCAAGAUCAAUUCCUCAUCCAGCAGCAGAGCUGCGCCGAGAAGAAAAGGAACGGCAUCAUGACCAACCCCAACUAUCAUCUACAGAGUAAUCAGGUGUUCCUGGGCAGAGUAUCAGUUCCUCGGACUGCACAGAACAGAGGCCACCAGGAUGUUCUGGAGAACUAUCCCAUAGGGGAAACCGAGCUAAGCCUUAAACAAGCCCUGAAACUACAGAUUGAAGGAUCAGACGCCGGGUUUAACUACAAAAAAGAGACUCCCUUAUAGCUGAUGUCUUGAAUGUCAUUCGUCAUGCGGGCGGUGGAGGGAACGUGCCAAAGCAACUGUUGUCAUCUGCAUAAAAAUCCAAUUAAAAAUUCAAUACAUAGAUGUUUUGCAGUGGGAGACCUCAGACUGAUACUUAGGGAAAGAUUAUCGUUGCUGCCCAAGGCUUAUGUGAACUGAUACUUCGACGUGCCUACAUCUGUUACAGCCUUUUCAUCUAUUCAUGCAAACUAUUAUUUUAAUUUAAUGUAAUGCUAUUUAAUAAACAGUGUAUGCACUUUUAAACGACGGCCCAUCCAUGUUUUACCACCAUAAUGGUUUGAGAAAAUCAUACCAACGCUUUUUUUAAUUAUUGUAUUGUUUUGUUCUGUUCUUUUUCACAUUGACAGCAAUGUACCACUGAGAACAUUGUCACGAACCAGAGGACAACAUAAAUUGAAUUGCAUCGAUAGUCUGCCUUUCUAGAGACCCCAAAUAAUCUGUGUUAACCUUGAUUCAUGUGCAGAGCCUGUGUUUGUGUGUAAUAUGUUCAUAGUCAUGGCAAUUUACUUCAAGUGUAAUACGAGCAUAUUUAUUUUUGGAAAAAAAGCCACUUCUGCUGCAUUUUGUGUUGUAUUACGAUCUACCAUGGUGCUGUGUUCAAAAGUUGCCUGCCGUUAUUUUGGACAACCAAUUUUGUUGGCUUUUGUGCAUUUGUGUAUUAUAAAUAUCAAAGCCCGAGGGAGGUUCAGUGAAAAUGUAAAAAAAAUAGUAAUAAUUUUAUCCCUAUGGGAUUUUUCAGUUGUUUGUGCAUUAUGUUUUGUGUGCGCAUAAAAAAAAUAAUUAAACAAAAACUCAUCAUGUACCGUCAGCAAACGUCUGGUGCUAAACGCAGCAACUUAACGUGAAAACAAGCAUCUUUCUGCAGAAUUACAUGUUUAACCUACAGCAAUGGAAGAAACAAACCCGAGCUUUGUUUCCUUGUCGUCAUGUGGUUUGUUUGUCCAACUCCUGCUGGACGAUUCAGAGGCACAACACAAAAUGGCUCCAAAAAGUGUCCAGCCAUUAAAGCAUCUAAUAGUUGAUGUUGCUUGAAUGCAGACUUAAAGCCAAAGUCAAACAGCGUCGUCUGCCCCCCCUCCUCCCUGAGAGGACCUGACUCAGAGGAGCUGCAUGGAAGGACUUGAACAUCUGUUUCUCAUGAACUAUAUGAAGCUGCGCUAGCGUUUACAGGCCGUGUCCUUUCUGCAGGCUUCUCAUAAUGUUAACAGUGAGCUAUUUUUGCCAAGCAGUCAGAUUGAGGAGGGAGCCCACAAUGAUCGCAUGCACAUCAUUUACAAGCCCUAGUGAAAGCUCUCCGCUCUGCAGCGCCACAGUAGCUCUAAUGGAUGCCAUGAAGGGUCAUGGAAGGAUUCCAGUCAGGGCUGCGUCCAGAACAGUGUAUAGUCUUACUAAGCAGUUGUCCCGUUCGUCUUGACUGUGUUUGUCCGUCACCUUUGAUUUGUCAGUAAGUGAUUGGAUUGUAAAUAGCUUCCCAUGUACAUUCAUUUCAUUUAAAAUAAUUCCUGUAUCAUAUGAAGUGGGAUUUUCUGAUGUAUAUUAAAGUGCUUAAUAAACAUACUUGCUUUAAUGCUGAAAUUGAAA